CCUCUCUCUCUCUCUCGCAACUCCCCAUCCAACGCACCGAGCACAACUUCCCCCUCUAUAUUAAAUAAUCCAUCAAUUCUAAGACCCUCCUCCCAUUCAUACACAUCGGGGAAAAGAAAUAAAGUUGGGCCCUGGAGUGCUGGUACCGUGCUCGUGUACACAAACUACAAACAAAGCAAUAGAUUAGAUCUCCCUUUUCUCCUCCCUCACGCACAGCGGCAAAAGAGGAAUCCAUCCAUAACCUUUCCUCUCUUUUCUUUUCCUGCCACCACUUCCCCUCCCCCAAUCUAUCAAUCCAUCAAUUAUAUUGUUACUACCAUUCAUCCUUUUCCUUUCUCUCUUCCAUCCAUCAUCUCACAACCAAUAAUAACGCACAACAACUAUUACUUGGAUAAAUAGAUAACAGAGGUCAGUAUAGAGAGCAGAGAAAGAAAGGUAUUAUAUAGAGAGGGGAGAGGUUGGUAACAGAUAAGAGGGAGAGGGAUGGGGUGCUGCUGCUCGUGUCUGCGGGCGGAGACCCACCCGGAAAAGCAGAACCACCACAACCACCACCAGCAGCGGCAGCAGCAGCAGAACCAGAGGCCGUCGUUCUCGCUGCACCAGAGGGCGGCCGGGGGGGCGGCGGCGGCGGCGGUGGAGGGAGGGGACGGUGGUGGGGGGGAGGUGCUGGCGUUCUCGGAGUUCUCGCUGGCGGAGCUGAAGGCGGCGACCAACGGGUUCGGCUCCGAGAACAUCGUGUCGGAGAGCGGGGAGAAGGCGCCCAACCUCGUCUAUAAGGGCCGCCUCCAGGACCGCCGAUGGAUCGCCGUCAAGAAGUUCACCAAGAUGGCUUGGCCUGAUCCCAAGCAGUUCGCCGACGAGGCUGGGGGAGUGGGGAAGAUGAGGCACAGGAGGCUGGCGAACUUGAUCGGGUACUGCUGUGACGGCGAUGAGAGGCUUCUUGUAGCCGAGUAUAUGCCCAAUGACACCCUUGCCAAACAUCUGUUCCACUGGGAAAAUCAAACUAUUGAAUGGGCUAUGCGUUUGAGGGUUGCAUUUUAUAUUGCUGAAGCUUUGGAAUAUUGUAGCAAUGAAGGGCGACCUUUAUAUCAUGACCUAAACGCAUAUAGAGUCCUUUUUGAUGAGGAUGGUGAUCCAAGGCUUUCUUGUUUUGGUCUUAUGAAAAAUAGCAGGGAUGGAAAAAGUUAUAGCACAAACCUAGCGUACACACCACCAGAAUAUUUAAGAAAUGGGAGGGUCACUGCUGAAAGUGUGAUAUUUAGUUUUGGCACUGUCCUCUUGGAUCUUCUUAGUGGAAAGCACAUCCCUCCAAGUCAUGCUCUUGAUAUGAUAAGAGGCAAAAACAUUCUACUCUUAAUGGAUUCACAUUUGGAGGGGAAAUUCUCAACAGAAGAGGCAACAACACUAGUGGAUCUUGCUUCUGAGUGUUUGCAAUAUGAACCAAGGGAUCGCCCUAACACAAAAAAGCUAGUUGCAACACUUGCACCAUUGCAAACCAAAUCAGAUGUACCAUCUUGUGUGAUGCUAGGGAUUCGAAAGCAUGAACCACAGCGCCAUCUCUCUCCUAUGGGUGAAGCCUGUUCCAGAAUGGACCUCACAGCCAUCCAUCAAAUUCUAGUUAUGGCACACUACAGAGAUGAUGAAGGAACCAAUGAGUUGUCUUUCCAGGAGUGGACACAGCAAAUGAGGGAUAUGUUGGACGCCAGAAAGCGAGGAGAUUUUGCAUUUCGAGAUAAGGAUUUUAAGACAGCCAUUGAUUGUUAUUCUCAGUUCAUUGAUGUUGGAACAAUGGUCUCGCCCACAGUAUAUGCAAGGCGCAGCCUGUGCUAUCUUAUGUGCGAUCAACCUGAUGCUGCCCUUAGAGAUGCAAUGCAAGCACAAUGUAUUUACCCUGAAUGGUCCACAGCUUUCUACAUGCAAGCAGUUGCCCUAGCCAAGCUAAAGAUGAACAAUGAUGCCAUGGACAUGCUGAAUGAAGCAGCAGGGCUAGAAGAGAAGAGGCAAAAGGGUGGAAAAGGUCCAUGAAACAGUACGGUAAAUUACGACGGCCAUCUUUUCCCCAUGUCUCUGUUGACCAACAAUGUUAAUUUCAUGUGUGAAAACUGUGAUUAGUAGGCCUCUCGGAAAAAUGUAUUAUAGAGAAAGCCCAUGGAUUACAUUAAUGCAUUUGGUUUGCCAAUUGUUUGGUGUAUUUUUUGGGCCCUUGUAUAUGAACAGAAUCAAAUCGUUCAGGACUCACUAAGGGAAUGUGAACAGACAAUCAAGUCUGUCGGUACUAAGGGAAUUUUGUUUGUUUGGUCAUGCAACUCCUGAGCAGGCUCAUGAAAACCCAUCAGUGAGAAGCUAUAGAAACUUCUGGUUGA